AUGGAAAGAAAGGAGAAAACCAGUCUUAUUCAAAUGUUGAACACAUCAAUAGGAAGCAUAAGUGGUUUGUUCAAACAAGCAAAGCAGCCAGAAGAAGAAAAAGAGGUGGAGUUAGAAGAAAUAACGCCAAGCCAAGAAAAGGAAGAGAGUUUUCUUUUAGAAGAGGAGGAAGAAUUUGAAAAAGACCUAAGCCGCCUUUCGAUCUCAAUUGAAGAGAGAUCAGACCAGUCCAAAACAGAAGGUAUGGAGAGCAAAGCUAUGUUAGCUGGGGCAUCUAAUACGUUUCUUGAUGAAAUACAAAAGCUAAAGAAAAUUAUCGCACUAAAGGAUGAAAUCUGGCAGAAGGAAAGGGAAAAGGACAAAGAAACAACAGAGUUGCGCAUUUUAGAGAGUAUAAAAACUCAGGCCGAGCUGGACUACGAGAGAAAAAGAAGAAAAAUACUUUUGCAAAUGAUAGAUUCUCUUGAGAAAAGGCUUGAGGAGAGUGAAAUACAGUGCUUAGAGCUGAUGAAGUACUGCAAUUUACUGAUUGAGCAGCAGGAAAGGCCAGACGUAGACAGAAAAAAGUAA